AUGCGAAGUAUGAUGGUUGCCUACUUCUUGCUGGCUGAAGUGGACCGGGUCAAUUGGCGCAUUGCCGUGCAUGAGACUGAGAAGCUACAAAAGCACUAUCAAGGAUCCAUUUCGUGUGCAAGAUGUACUAAACCCCAGGAUGAGAUCAACAUCCGCAACGAGAUUGGACAUCAAGUUCAUCAGGUGGACAAGGUCAUUCAAGUCUUGUUGAACGCUGGCAUGACCUCCGAUGCCUUGAGAGAGGCUCAUUUGCAUGGAGUCAGACUCCAGCACUCAGGAGUCGUGCAGGUUGCGAUCCCUUUGCUGGUGCUUGGGCCUCUCUUAAUGCUGGGCUCAUGGCACUUGGGGCGGCACAUCUUCUUGUUUUAUGCGGAUGAGCGAGUGACUGAAGUGGAUUGGUAUAAAGGUUCCAUGCAAGCCGAAUCGAUUCUUUCGAGGUUGGGCUUCCUCAUUCUACUUCUGAGAUCCUCCAUUGAUGAAAAGUGCUUUAUGCUGAAUGUGAUGGCAAAGACCGUCGCUCCAAUAUGGUUUUUGUAUGGAGAGAUGAGCCUUCAAGUCCAGCGAUCCUUCUCUUUGGCAUCGUUGAGUUUGUAUCAUCUCUCCUUCCUGGUGGUGUUGUUCUUCGCAGUCUUGGGUAUUCGUGGUACCUUGCAGCUCCCCUUCGGGCCAUUCUGGGCUGAAGUCUUCCUCUCAAGGAUCAUCACCUGCGGUGUCUCCGACGCUGUCUCCACCGACGCGAGCGCGAGUCUCCGCGCAGACACCGACGAGGACCAUGAGACAGAGUCCGAACUGGAGACGUCGGAGCGCAGAACAUUGUCGUCGGCUCGCUCAAGUGAGACGCAGUAG